AUGGCAGGCUUGAAGGACUCUGCAGUGACGGUGGCCGGACAGGAAACGAGCCGCGAUGAAGCAGCGACGGGGGUGAAAGCGUCCUCGUCUUCUCUUGACGGGAGCACGGAUUAUUCAGCUAGGACGGAGGAGCCCAAGAUGCAUAUCAGCGACGAGAGGGAGGCAGUGGGCGUUAGCUCAGAGAAUGAUAAUAAUAAUACGGCACCUUCAGACGAGAGGCGAGACGGACAAGAAGAACAAGAAGACCACGAUCGAAGAAAAGAUGAAGACCCAGCCGUCUCGACCGAGCCGAAGAUGUCGAAGAGCAAAGUCUCUCUCAUCAUGCUUGCUCUCUGUACGAUCGUCACAACUGCGCUACCAACCAUAGCGAGAGAGUUUAACACCUCGCAGGCUGAUUAUGCCUGGGUCGGCUCUGCAUACCUCCUUGGAGCAGCCUCGUCGACUCCAUCAUGGGGGAAGGUCAGCGACAUAUUCGGCCGCAAGCCUGUUCUGCUAGCUGCAAAUGUUGUCUUCUUGAUCGGUUCACUGCUCUGCGGCGUGAGUAUUAACAUCAAGAUGUUGAUCGGCAGCCGUGUAAUUCAAGGAGUAGGAGGCGGAGGCCUUCUUACUCUCGUGAAUAUCUGUGUGAGUGAUCUCUUCAGCAUGAGAACUCGAAGCCUGUAUUUUGGUAUCAUUGGCAUAGUCUGGGCUGUGUCUGGCAUCAUUGGGCCUGUCAUCGGCGGCCUCAUGACGCAGUAUACCACCUGGCGCUGGUGCUUUUAUAUCAAUCUACCCAUUGACGGAGUUGCUUUUCUGAUCAUAUUCUUCUUCCUUGAGCUCCACACGCCCACCACCCCAUUACUAGCUGGUCUCCGUGCCAUUGACUGGCUUGGCUCUCUCGCCGUCGUUGGCGGUACCGUGAUGUUUCUCAUCGGCCUCGAGUACGGCGGAGAGUCUUAUCCCUGGUCUUCUCCUACAGUCAUAUGCCUUAUAGUCUUCGGGAUAGUGACAUGGGGCAUCUUUAUUCUUAUUCAGUGGAAGGUUUCCCGCUUCCCUGUCAUGCCACUGUGGCUCUUUACCCAGAGGUCGACUCUCGCCUCAUACGGGACUGUUCUCAUACACGGAGCCAUCUAUACCAGUGGAAGCUUCUUCCUACCGCUAUACUUCCAAGCCGUUCUCGGAGAGACACCGUUAAAGUCCGGCAUACUCCUCUUUCCUAACGUGAUAGCAGUCUCCAUCGUCUCUGCCGUUACGGGUAUCUUCAUUCGCAAAACCGGCCUAUAUCGUCCACCAAUUUGGUUCGGAACGACAAUUCUAGUCAUUGGAACUGGACUAUAUAUUGACCUGCCAUCUCAUAGGUCAUUAGUGAAGAUUAUCCUCUACCAAUUAGUGGCUGGAAUGGGUAUCGGUCCUAACUUUCAGGCCCCAAUUAUCGCUCUCCAGAGCCAUAUAAACCCCAGCGAUAUUGCCACAGCUACAGCCUCCAUUGCCUUCUGCAGAAAUCUCGCGAGUAGCAUCUCCGUGGUAAUAGGUGGUGUCAUUAUCCAGAACCAACUUCAGGAAAACAUUCUAAAGAUUCAAGAUGUCUUAAGCCCAGAGACCUUGGAGUCAUUGCAUGGAGUCUCGGCAGGCGCAUCGGUUCACAUCAUCCAGUCUCUUCCACCAGAUGAAAAGUCCCCGGUUCUUGACGCUUAUACCAGAAGUUUCCGUACCAUGUGGAUAUUCUAUACAGCCCUCGCCGCCCUCGGUUUCCUCGUUAGCUUGCUUCUGCAAAAGAAGAAACUUAACAAGGAACAUGAAGUUACCAAGACAGGGCUUGAUGUUCAGGAACGAGCAAGGAAGGAAAGGUUGCAAAUGGAGAAUGACGCAAAGAAUGACAGAAAUAAUAAGGCAGCGUGA